GUUCCUCUUUGUCCUCCGAGCUUUCCGUUGUGCUCUGGAACAAGGCGUUGAUGGUCAAAGAAACAACUGUCGGAACGUUCAGAUGCUGCCUAGGAACUACGUACAAAUACUCCACGAAAUUCGGAUGCCAACUCCAGCAACCUCACCCAGUCAAUCCCACCACAACCAAUUACCAGAGAAAUGGACUUCAAUAUGAACAUGGGCAUCAACUUCCUGGAUAACUCGGGAUCUCAGGUCCACGGCUCUGCUCCCAACGUGAACCAAGCACCCGAGGAUCCGUACCAACUGCACUCGAGCUCACUGGAGCGAUCGGCCAUCAAGGAGUGGUUGAUCCACUUCCUCACCAACAACAGCGACAUCAUCGGGAUGAUCCAGGCCCUGAAUCUGGAUAAGGAAGCCGAGAAGCGCGAAAUGACCAAGCGUUCGCUCGUCGUGCAGCAGAUGAUUCAAAAUUUGUUUAAUUGCGAGGUUCUGGCAGAGAGGCUGCUGCUCCUCCAAGACGCGUCGUUCUACCACGUGAAGAGAGCCGAGCUCCAAGACACCUACGAGCAGCUCAAGGAGGCCAUAGGAGAUCCAGUUCCGAAUCAGUGUUGGAACUGGGAGGCGGCUCUCGAGAAGAUGGCCAGCAAGGAUCCCAACAUGUCAGCCUUGUUCUUGAAGCCCAUGGAAGCAAAGCAGAGCAGCAGGCGAGAUUACAAGCGAAAUUACAGGCGAGGUCGGACGGGAUACCAACGCGGGAAUGAGAUUGCAAACAAUUAAUAGACAUGGCCUGCGAAGGAGCUAUAGAGCCAGAUAGACUAAACGCCAAUCAAUAUUCGGCUGGUAGCCACCAACAAAUUGAACCUGAAAUA